UGAACAAACAAACCAUUACCAAUUUAGAUGUUCAAUAUGCAUUCCAGAUUCCGACCACUUUCCCUCCAAAUCCACCGCUUCUCAAGAUUUCAAUCCUCAGUCGGCAACACUUCCGAUCAAUUCAUUUCCCCAAAAAAUCCCCUAAUUUCAGUACCCAUUCACCGCAAUCUUCACUAUCACCACCAGAUUUCCCGCGGUAUAUUCGCCAACAAUGAAAACCCCUCAAACUCACCCCUGCAAAACCCACCCACAAACCCCUCCGACGAUCACCAAGCCCUCAAAAUUCAAACCCUCCUCAAGACUCAUUCCGGCGAGCCUACGGAGGAAAUCGAGCGGCGCCUCGACGAGUGCAAUCUCUCCUUAUCCGACGACUCGAUUCUCAACAUGCUCGAACGCCACCGCUCCGACUGGAAACCCUCUUACGCGUUCUUCUCCUGGGUUCGCAGAACGAAGAAUUCAACCGGGUUUGCCCCGAAUACCCCAAUCUACAACAAAAUUCUCGACACACUCGGCCGGAUGAAACGCUUUCAGGAACUCCACCAGGUGCUCGUCGAAAUGUCCAGCAGAAAAAAUCUGAUCGACGAGCGCACCUACGGCGUCGUUUUGAACAGAUUCUCCGCUGCCCACAAGGUUGAUGAAUCAAUCGAGCUUUUCAACAACAUCCAGAGUUUAGGUCUCGAGCGAAACUUGGUUGCUUUCCAAACGCUACUGCUCUCCCUCUGCAGGUACAAGCACGUCGAAGCAGCUGAAAAAUUGUUCCGAAAUACGAAAAGCGAGUUCGAGGAAGACAUCAAGACGUGGAAUAUCAUACUCAAUGGAUGGUGCGUGCUUCGUAGUUUGCCCGACGCGAAGCGGUUCUGGAUGGACAUUCUCAAAUCGGACUGCAAGCCGGAUAAAUUCACUUACGGCAUUUUCAUCAAUGCGCUAAGCAAGUCCGGAAAAAUAAGCACCGCCUCGAAAGUGCUCAGAAAAAUGUGGGAGAAAGAUUGCACCCCCGACGCACCAAUCUGCAACACCGUAAUCGAAGGACUGUGUUACAAGAAACAGAUACCCGAAGCUCUCAAGAUUUUCAGCGAGAUGAAUCAAAAGGGCUGCCCGCCAAACGCAGCCACUUACAAUUCGCUUAUCAAGCACUUGUGCAAAAUUCAGAGGAUGGAGAAAGUUUACGAGCUGUUGAACAGCAUGGACGAAAAGGGAGAAACUUGUUCGCCGAAUGCUGUUACUUACGGGUACUUAUUGAAGGCUGCAAAGAAUCCUAAAGAAGUCGAUACGAUUUUGGAGAGAAUGAAGAAGAAGGGGUGUAAGCUAGAAGCGGAUACUUAUAACUUGGCGUUGAGAUUGUUUACGGAAUGGGGAGAUGAAGAGAGGGUCAAAUAUUUUUGGGAUGAAAUGGAAAGGAAUGGAUUAGGACCCGAUCGACGAUCUUACACGAUCAUCGUUCACGGGCUUUACGAUAAAGGGAAGAUAGCGAACGCGUUGCAGUAUUUUGCUGAGAUGACAGAGAAGGGAAUGGAACCGGAAUCGAGGACAAAGAUAUUGGUAGAUGAUAUGAACUUCAAGUUGAACGAAGCGGAACGAGCAAGAGAGACUCUUCUAAUCAAGAAUAAGAGGAGUGUAAACAUGUCGAAUUCGAGCUGAGCUGACAAAUUUGGUGGGCUCGAGCUUUAUCAAAACUUGU